UGGAAACAGCUUGUUCUGUACUUCCGGGUUGGGAAGCGCUGAUAUCUAAAAGAAGUACAGCGCACGAACUUCCUUCGGUAUAAGCGCCGCCAUGUUUGUGUACCUACUCCACUUGAUAUACACGGGUCGCGAGCGCCGUCUCCAUGGCAAACACGCACUGGCGAACAUCAGGAAAGCGCAGUUUUCCAUGCAUUUCUUGCACAUUUAAGGAGAUUCCAUUGUCACUCAGUCGCAUCGAACUGCAGUGUGUACCUUCGCGGUUCGCGUUAUGAUUGUGGGAACCAUAGCUAAACCAGUUUCUCAGUGGAUAAUGUACUAUCCCUUACCUUAAGGAAAACUCAAGGAGCCCAAACUUAGCUUGACUGGCUAACUGCCUCAGUGUUGAUCCCACGGUCGUCUCGCCAACACCAUGGGGCUUUCUUGUUGAUUAUAAGUGUUGUCUCUGCAACCGGACACGUCCCCACCAUGGUGGCAUCAGUUGAAGAGGUUUCAUCGUCCCUUGUACGGGAAUAUCUGAGUCGAAAGGGGCUGAAGAGAACUAUUGCCUGUAUGGAUGAGGAGCAUCCACGCACAGAGGCCAGUAUCAACAACAGAUCACUGCUGAGGCAGGUGCUCAACAUUGAAGAUCUCUACAGGAAGAAUAAGGCUCUGAAUUCCCCCUUGAAAACAUUACUAGAGAUUAUUGUAAAACAUCAUAUUGAGCGACUUAAGAAUACAAAGCCCACCAGCAAUGAAAACAAUCCUCUGCAGAGCAGCCAAACUAUCAGAUCUUUAGCCAAUUCUUCUCCAGGACAACCAACAGCAAUGGAUAGCACUGAAACUGAGGAAAUCACACCAGCUUUUCUUAUUAGCAGUCAGACCAAACUGAGGUCUGAUACAAAAGGAAGUUGCCCGCCUCAACCUGUAUAUAUGUCACAGUUGCCUGACAAAGACAGACUGUCUAGUCAUAAUGAAAGACGUUGCUGGGCUUAUGACGCUGAAGAAAAAGGCCAGCCGCUGAUGGCAUCCGUUCACGGCAAUGAGAGCUUCAUCCAAAAAGAACCAGAAAAAAAUACAUCCAUCACAGAGACCACACAAAGGGUCAGAACUAAUCGCAUUAGACGGGGCAUGAUGGCUGCACCGAUGCCCCAGGAAUCCAACACAAAAAGACAGAGUCGGAGGGUUGAAGGGUCCCCGCGACUGUUCAGUAAAGAAGAAGAAAGCAGUCAUUCUGGAGAUGAACCUUUAGUGCCUGGCCUACAUAAACAAAGCUUUAAAAGUAGCCUAACUCAAAUCAUCCCAGCUGACUGCAGCAGAUCGAAACAAAAAUGUCUGAGUGCACCAGAGAGAAUACAAAGUGAGAACAGCUUUGACAAAGUGGGACAUAACAUCCUGAAGACAAGAGAAGUUAAGAGUCAGCUACAUGUGGCCGAAUUGGAUGUGUCUGAGAUGGUGUUAGAUGACAUUGAUGAAGAUGAUGAUCUACCACAAAUCUCCAGAGUAUCCCUCCGGAGAAAUCUUGCAGAUCAUGUAUACACAAGCCGCCCAUUGGACCAACACACUGUCAUGGAAUUGAAAUCUGUUCUUCUUGGUUCCAGCCUAAAUUGUUUCAGUGUUGAGUGGAGGAAUCAGGGUUUCGCAUUCUCAGAAACACAUGACCUCAGAUAUGGAAUUGUACAGAGAAAGGGUGGUCCUUGUGGAGUUCUGGCAUCAGUCCAAGCCUUUGUUCUAAGGAAAUUGCUGUUUGAAAACACUGAAAGCAAGCAUAACACUAGCCUUCAUAGCAUCAGUAUGAAGUUAAGACCUUCCAACACUACCAGAAGAAAGUGUCUUGUUUUAGCCAUGGCUGAAAUCUUGUGGAGGGCUGGCGAGGAGAAGCAAGCCACAGUUGCCAUCUGUCAAACCCGUUUAUCUCAUGUGAGAAGUCAUUUCACCCCAACUGGACAUUACAAAUCUCAAGGAGUGCUUGAAAAGUUGACAUGUUUCACUGUGGACAACAUGAAGGAUCUGCAGCAGCUUCUGGAGGAGCAUAUUGAGCAAUUUGAAACUGGGACGUUAGGAUGUGUGCUGCUGACCGUAUCAGCUGUUCUCUCUAGAUCAAUUGAAAAAGUAAGAGAAGACAUGGAUGUGCCCACCACCACGCUGAUUGGAGCCCAUGGCUACUGCACACAGGAACUGGUAAACUUGUUGCUUUGCGGCAGAGCAGUCUCUAACGUCUUUGACAAUGAUAUGGAGUUGGACUCUGGCCAUAGCAACAUGACUCUACUCAAGGGGAUUAAAGACCACUGUGAUGUUGGCCUGCUCUCCUUGUUCGAACAUUAUAACAUCUGUAAGGUAGGAGCCUACCUGAAGACACCCCAUUACCCCAUCUGGGUGGUGUGCAGUGAAAGCCACUUCAGCGUACUGUUCAGCCUGCAGAUGGAGCUGUUGACCAGUGAGGACAAAGAUCUGGAGUUUGACCUCUACUACUAUGAUGGACUGGCCAAUCAGCAGGAGGAGAUCCGCCUCACUGUCUCUGUUGGCUCACUGGCUGUGUCAGGAUGUCAGGAUGUUGAUGCUGAUCUCAUUCCUCCACUGGAACUUUGUAUCCGAACAAGGUGGAAAAAUGCAGUUGUCAACUGGAAUGACACAGAGCCCAUUCUCUGAAUGAUCACAUGGUGAUUUUAAUCCUAUCCCAUUUAAGCCUAUGUCAUGAAAUUUCCAUCACAUUAAGUUCUCACAUAUGAUAUUAUUACUUUUCUUUUCCAUUUUAGAUGCAGCUGAGAAUAUUUAAAAGGUGUAAAGCAUUUGUCCCACACUGGGAUAUGGAAUGUCAUAUCAGCUACUGAAACCUAAUGCCCUAAAAUAUAAUUGUUAUUGAGAAUGCCAUAUGCUUGUUUGCUGAAAGGUAACAUUUUAAGCUUUUCUCAAAAUAUAUGUGAAGAUGAAUAGUUUGGGAUGUAAAUUUAUACUUCAUAUGUUGGUGACAUAUAAGUUGGUUCAAGACUAAGUAUUCACCGCAGAGGCCUUUUAAUCUCUACAUGUGCUUUUAACAUACACAUAACAAAGAUUGCUGUCCAAAAUUUUACACAGGAUGAAUAGAUUUUCUUGAAUUCUUAAAUCCUUUUCACACCAUAAAAAUGACACUGGCUUGACACUGAACGCUGUGUUUGUCAAAGAGGGACAUGAGCAAAGGUGGAAAUCUUCUGUGUGCUUGUGAUUGUCUUAAAUUGCUUAAAAUUGCCUUGACUAACUCACAUUUGACACACCUCUCAUCUGAUCAGAUAAUAAAAUUAUUCAACACCCUAAA